AAUUUUCUAGGAAAAGGAAAAGAAUUAGUGCUGAAUAAAAUUAAUGAAUUAUUUAAUUUCAAAUUUGAAAGUGAAACCCAUCAAGCACUAAGAAAUGGAUAACAAUACAAAAUAAAAAACAUUUUCAUUACAAGAAUCAACUUUAAGGGUUUCUGGAAAAAAUGUGAAAAAUGGCUAAUAAGAAUGGGAAAGAAGAAAGUAAAGAAAGGAGGAAAAAACUGAAAGAACUUGCUGUAUGUGGGGAGAUAUUGUCGGAUAAUGAAGUCAAUGCCUUCGAUCAAAUCGGAAAACAAGCAGCUGAGAAAAAUAUUUCCAGCGAUGAUGAAUUUGACGAAGAAAUUUAUAAUAAUUAUCGGAGACUGACCCAGAUUCCAGAUAUUCAGGAAGAAACUCGUUCUUUAACUCGAAUCGAACUCUACUUCCCUCCGGAUGUUCCAUUCGGCUCAAGGUCCGGAACCCUUCACCUCAAAUCAAGAUGUUUUCCACCUCUUUCUCGAGGUCUUCAGGGAGUUGCGGUGGCAGUAGCUGCAUUUGCAACAACAGCAGUUUUGAAGCCUAAGUGUUGGAAUGAAGCAAUAAUCGAUCAAAUAGUCGAUGACGGCGAUACGUACUACACUGAGUCAUAUAAGGAUAUAACUAUAAAUGAGCGGACUAAAUUAACUCUUCUCGAUUACAGAAAUGACCUUAUCAUUCGAAAUUCUCAUCGGGUGUUGGUGAUAGUUGAUAAACCCGCCUUUGUAGGGAGAUUUCGAUCACAGGAUCCGAGAGUUUUACACCUGGUCAAGGCCUUUGAACUUUUUUUCAAACGAUACGAGGCUGGGAUUCUAACAUCUCCGUGUUUGAAUAUCGCUAUCUGGAAAGAUGCAAAUCACUUCUAUAUCUUUGAUGGACAGGCACGCAAAAAAAAUUGCGAGUUGGCAGGAAAAGAAGAGCGAGGCGCCGCUAAGCUGAUUCUAUUUCAGGAUAUGAUUGGCCUCUAUUUCAUAAUUCUUGAAAAAAGUAAUGUAUCCAACGAAAAAUUUGUACUCUAUAACAUAAACAUUGUGAGCGCGGAGAAGCUUCCUCCAGGAGGGUGCGAAGAAGAAUUGAAAAAACCCGCUGGGGAAUUGAAGCUUUGGCCAAGUGGGUACAAAAUUCAAAGCGAAUUUCGAGCUGUGUUGCAAGGAUCUUAUCAUCUUUAUCAUCCAGUACUUCCUGAAAAACUUCAAGGUCGUGGGGAUCUUGUAGUAGCUUUGGCUGUUAUUAUCUAUUCCCGACUGGUGGAAACCAAAAAGUGGAAAACACCCAUGCUUGAUCUCAUUUUUAAUCAGGCUCAUAUUUAUUUAAUAGAUCUUGCGAGGGUCCUCGGAAAGAAGUUCGAUGACACUUUCGACCUCAAGGUGGAAGAGUUAAUUAGUGAUGUGAUACUUGGAGUAUACGCGGCCAAGAUUAAGGUCGAGGUGAAUGUUGUGCCAGGCCAGGGAAAGAAAGACAAGGAGACUAUUGAAACCGGUAUUUGUGCGUUCUUCAAGAUGAACGAAUCAGGAAUUCUUGAAAUAAAAAAGGUGUAUUAUGCAAUUUGGAAAGAAGGUAACAAGUUUUAUUUGCUAGAUCCAUUCGCAUGUGACGAGGAAGGAUUCAGACCAGAUCCGCCAGGUCCUGAUGACGAGGCGAGAUACAAAACGGCAAAGGCUUGCGUCACGAUGAACAGUUCAAUAAAUGAACUAAUUGAGACACUUUUGAGAAACACAGACAGCAAAGAAAAAGAUCCUUUCAUAAUACAUGGAAUUCAAGUUUUGUAUAUUAAAAGUGGCUCUAAAACGAAUCCCUCUUUAAAUCGGGUUAUAUAUAGAAAGGAAAAUACUUAUCGAAGACCAAAACCCCCACCUCUUCCUCCGCUAAUCAUUGAUGAUAAGUGUGAAACUGUGAUAGACAUGGUUCCUAGGAAGCGUCCUCCAAAUGAAAAGUUUAAGAAUGUGAAAACCGAAUUUCCCGAAUUGAUGGAUAACGUUGAGGAGUUCAUGAUGAAAGAUGAUGAACCUACUACUUUUAUUGUAGGUGAACCUGAUGAAGUUAAGGAUGGAAAGGUAGUUUCUAAAAAACUGGAUGAAGAUCCUUUGAGAGAGAAGGUAGUUAACUUUAUCAAGGGAUAUAAAAUUGUGAAUCCCCAUCGUUUGAUACUUCAAGGAUCUAAAAACUGUUUGGCUAAAGAAUUUGAAAAGUCAAUGAGAGGACGUCAAGGAAUUGUGAUAGCUUUAACGGCCAUUGCUUAUGAAAAACUGAAAGAGACUUCUCAGUGGCGUAGUAUAGACGUUAAUCAAGUUAUCGAUGUAGGUCAUAUGGCUUUCGAGAACAUCAUGUUGUGGAUUAGUCGAGGAAGUCCUGCUGAGAAAGAUGAAGGAGAACAAGAAGAAGGUGAUAACGAAGAUGAUGAUGAAGAGGAUGAUGACGAUGAAGAAGAGGAAGAAGAAGACACUGAAGGCGAAGAAGAUAAUGAAGAUGAUAACGAGGAAAAAAAAGAUGAAAAUAAAGCUCCAAACCUAAUAUCUGUACCAAGCAACUUUGAACUCUCAAUGUUACCGGAAAAGUUAAAACUUGGUGAAAACUUCGUGACUUUCAAACGAAAAAUGAACCUGGUAAAGGGUAACGCUAAUCCACUCGCAAAUCUGGGAGAAGCCUUCGAGUGUUAUUUUAAACGUCAUUCGGAACUCUUGAUCGAAAAUAAGAAGCUUUCUUACGGUAUUUGGAAAAGAGAAGGAAAAUAUUACGUCUUCAAUCCUUAUGGAAGUGAUGAAGAAGGUUGGAGACUCAGAGGUCACCCCGCUUCCCUUGCUGUUACAGAUACCGUGAAUGAACUCACCGAUUUAUUUCAUGGUAUUCUAGAGUUUAACGAUCCGGUGUUUUGCUUUCAUUUUGUGGAAAUUGAGUCGAUACAGCCGAAUAAUAAGUACAUAGCAAGUAAUCCUUCAGAAGUGGAUGAGGAUGAGAAGGAAGAAAAGUACCUUACAAGGUUGUUACCUAUCACGGAUGAAGAUUUGUUCGAACCGGAACCAGAACCGGAAAUUAAAGAAGAUGAACAGGUUGCAGAAGAAGUUAAAGAGGACAAGAGUGACGAAGACGUUGAUGAUGAGGAUGAAGAACAAGAUGAUGAAGAAGAUGAGGAUGUAGAGGAAGAAGAUGAAGGUAUAGAUGAAGAUGAUAAGGGAAUACAAGUAAAUGUUCCUGAGGUAAUAGAAAAGGUCAUCGUUGAUCCUCUCUUAGAAGUUGAGGAACAGGAUCAACCAGAUACACCAGAAAAUUUAAACCUUUCGCUUAUAACUGGUGCUGUUAAAAUAGAACUGCACACUGAAAAUGAACAAGAGAAAGUAAAUGAAGAUGCUGAAUAUGAAAGGCUUAAGUACUGCUUCCCUCCUCCCUUCGUACUACCUCCGAAACAAACAUUAGAAGCUCUACUUAAAGCUAAAGAAGCCACCAGAUCGGUACCUUCUUUAUUGUCAAGAUUUUCAAUUGACUCGAAAUUAGCCACGAAGGAAAAAUGUGAUUUGCCUGGAAGCCAACCUACUGAAAUGGCUAGCAUCGCAAAUUUGGACUCAUCUGAAGAAGGAAAGAUGUCUAGAAUCAUUAAAUUACCACCGAAGAAAUACCUCUUUUCAAGAAUACCUCCAAUUGGUUUAACACCGAUUAGAGCGAUUGAUGAUGACUUUAUUCAUAACGACGAUGUGAAUGAGCAAAAAGAAGAAGAAUGCAUAAGAUCAAAAAACGUUGAUAGAGUCAGUGAAUUGGUUUUGAAAGAAGAUCCUAAAAUACCUACUGGGAUUAGAGUCACCCCUAAGAUUCUUCCGCUAGGUCUGGUUAUCAGUACUCCUAUAUUGAAAAAACGCAAAGCUUGUUCAGAAAAGAAAAAAAGGGAAUGUAAAAUAUCAAAAAAGGAUAAAGGGGAUGUCAUUCUGGAGAAACUUCUUUGCAACACUGAAAACGUUUUGUUUGAAAUUCUGUUUCCCAAAUUGAAAGAUGAAAAAAAUGACAACACAAAUGAAGAAAAAGAAAUGAAAUCAGAAACGGAAGCAGAAGUUCAAGAAACUGACGAAGAUGUCGAAGACAAACAGAAACUAAAAGUGAAGUAUUCUAACCACAAUGAAGGAAAUAAACCAGUAGAAUCAGAAAUCGUAGGUUUUGAAAAGACGGAAGAUGAAAAAAUUGCUAUAAUCAAGGGAAAUAUGUUUUUAGAAAAUAGAGCAGUGAUGGAGGAUUGUCACUUUAAAGCAUGUUACUUUGUUGCAAUUCUCUGUAUCAUAGCAAAAAUUACUAGGAACGCAAAUAGCUUUCGUGGUAGUAUUCUGGAUCAAUUAAUAAUCAUUGGAGAUAAAAUUUACAAACGGACCGGAAAGUUGCGAUACAAGCCAGUAAGAUGGUUCCACAAUAUUGAGUUUCUCGAGAUAAAAUGUAACGUGGUUCUAAAACAAGUACAGUAUGCUGAUCCGGGAAAUUGGGAAGAAGAUGUUAUAUCUAAGGCGCUGAGUACCUACAUACAAAAAAAUCAUACGGGAAUAUUGGUUUUUGGAAAUGCUUCAUAUGCUUUCUGGUUUGAAAAUAACAUGUACUAUCUCUUUGAUCCUUAUUCCUGUGACGAAAAUGGACGAGUUAAUGAAAAAGGAUUUGCUUGUUUAAUGAAAUUUUGUGAUCUGCCAUCCAUGAUCGAAAGAAUUAGGGAGAAUACUGGAGAAGCAGUUCAGAAACCGUAUCGAUUAUAUUCCUUAUCAGUGGCGCAUUUUGAACUUCAAAAGCGACAGCAAAUUCAACAGAAGUGUAUUAAAAAUAAAAACUGUGUUGAAACAAAUAAUGAAAUAGAAGAUGAAGAUAAAGAAGAUCAAGAGACAGAGGAAGAGGAGAAAUUAAUAAGGACACCGGAACCGUCAUUUUCAAUAAUUGAAUUAUCCAAAUGGGUCACUAAGGAUAAGAAAUAUGAGAUCCUAUUUGAUAGGACAAUGCCAGGGUUUACUCCUUUAAAGAAUUACAAUGGAUCAGCUCUCGAGGUUCCUGUUGUCGAGAACGAUAUAACAAGGCCAGAGCAAGCGCCGUUUAAGAAAAUAAAAAGAAAAGCAGGUGACCAUGAUAAAAAAAUCCUUGAGGGAAUGGUGAGGUUGAAGCCCUACAAUCGAAAGUUCAAGGAACACUCCUAUAUUCUGGAACCCAUUGACCUAUGUGUGAUGGGAUGGGCGUGUGUUCAUGAUCCGAUUUCCUGGGGCGUUAAAACAGUGAAAGGAUUAUACGAAGCCAGCAAGGAUUACGCGUUUGAUAGUUUACUGGCGAGUGAAGACUCCACAGUUACGGAAAUGACGGACGGCGUUUUGCUCGAAUUCAAUAUAGCGAAUUACUCUUUUCGUAUCGUGUUCGCACCUUUACACGAAGGUAAGCUUUAUGUGACCGAAGGGUGGAAUUUAGCCAUGUCAAUAAAAAAAGUUUUCGAAACCCCAAUUUACACUGGCGCCAUUAUAGUGUGUGGAAAGAGCCACAUUGGGGUGAUGAGGAAAAAUGCAAACUAUUAUGCUUGGUGGGCGGUGCAAGGAACAAAAAAUUUGAGAUUCAUCACCUCAGAAGAGAUGAUCGAUUUUUUGAAGCUGAUCGUUCAAGAAAUUGAUGAACCAGAGGAAAAAAAGUUUCUAAUGAGGGUAGUGACGAUUUCGUAUGCUAGAAAAUUGGAUCCCGAUUGCAGCGAUACCACAGGGUUGCAUGAGACUGUGGAACCCGCAACAUCUUUGGCUGAAAUCCAUAGAAAAGAGGGUGAACCGUAUGAUCUGGAAGCUAUUUUCCGUCCAACUGUAUUGAGUUCCAAACCGACUUUCAUCUUUGGAACUGUUGCUCUAAGAAAUCGAGAAAGUUUGAAAGAACCUAGAGUAAAAAGAUGCUACUUUGUGGCUCUUUUGGCCGUCAUGGUGAAGAGAGAUAUUGUACAGAGUCCUCUACCUGGAAUGGUUGAUAAAGUGAUUGAAGUAGGUGAGAAUUUGUACAAGGAAUUUGAUAGUCCAAAGUUUCAUACUGAACAUAUUUUGACAAACGUCACGGUGAUGGAUAGGAUAUUUGAGUUUCGAGAUUGUGCAUCGCCUUUGGUAGAGCUGAAAGAAGAUCCUAUUACUGGUGAGAGUAAUUUCUUCGUCGUAGUCAGAACAGAACUUAAAAAGCACUUUAGAACACACACUGAUGGAAUUCUACACUUCACCAAUUGCUGUUACAGUUUCUGGUACUCGAUAUCUACCAAUCGUUAUUAUUAUCUUGAUCCUUAUCAGUGCAAUAAAAAAGGAAGGAAAGUAUCAUCAGGUGGAAGAAGCUGUCUUUUUAUUUUUUCAAAAGUCUGUGAUAUGGUGCAACAAAUGUUUCUGAAUAAAUUCAAGGACACUACAGGAUUCUUCAUUCACAAUCUUCAUGUGGAAUCCGUCAAUGAGUUGCCUAGUAAUAAAUUUCAAGAAGAUCCAAUAUGGGUAUAUCUUGACUACCACUGGAGCUUUUCCCAUGGACUUGAAAUCAGGAAAAAAAAGAAGGGAUGUAAGAUUAAAAUGCAGCAAAUAAAAAGGAAAGAUAAACCCUCUUGGAAUCACUAUGUGAUUGAGAUUCCGAAUUUAAUCUACUCUGUUUGGGGUACUAUAGGAAGUUAUGAUUCUCGAUUUGGCGAACGAGCUGGCAAGAACCAGGCAGCAAUUUGUGUGGCUAUUUUGGCAAUGCAAAAUUUGAGCCAUCCUUCACAAUGGGGACCUUCAAUUCUUGAUUCAGCGGUAAUAUGCGGCGAUUGUUUCUACACAGAGAGCUUGAAAAGUUCAGUAAGAAACUGUUGUCCUCAUCCAAACAGAUUUAAUCUUCAGACUUGUUUUAAAGUUUUUCCACACAUCUGGUCAAUUGACUUUAAGCCAAACAUGUGUGGAAUUUUGUACGGAGGAAGAACCGGAAAGCCUUUAGCUGUGAUUCUGAAAUUGGCUUUGAAAGAAGCUCCCAAUAUUUUGAUCGAAUGUGCAAACACAGUUCUGGCAGUUUGUAGUUCAGAUGACGGCUUUUAUGCUGCCGAUUCUCGUUGGACAGGACCACCCCUUCAUCAAAAAAAUCACGGUUCUGUUUACGUUCUUCGUUGUAAAAACAUAAAUAGUCUAGUUUAUGCUCUCAUCAAAAUUUUGAAUACCAACCAAAGACUAGAAUUCUACGUUACACCUGUAAUCUUUGACUUUAGUCAAACAGACUCUAGGGUCGGUGGAAAUAAUAAAAAGAAGAUUCUUCUUGAUCCUGUUCGAACAACGCCAGGACGAACCAUACAAGAAUGGCCCUUAAUUCCUGGCGCCGUCACUGUUCCUAAUGAAGAUAAUUAUCAACAAUAUAAAAGAAACUUGAAGUUGGGACUACAGUACGGAAAAAUUUUAGAAAAUCCGCCAAUACAAUCACCUGAACCCAGAAUCAGCAAGGACAAAUUGAACAAUGUGCUAAUAAGUACACUUUGGCAUUCAGACGUUGAAAAAGUUAUUCCAAAGGAGUACACAAGACAAAUUUUUGAUCCAUCUAUGGUCAGACAUGAUUCGAAAAAAUGCCAAGGUGCUCGAAGCGGAGCAAUGAAAGUACCCGGCUAUAUUUCAUCAAUUACAGAUAUGCUGGAACGUUGCGAUGAUUAUCCGAGGGUUAUAGAUUUCGCAAAUGAUAGCGAUGGAACUCCACCGCUUCUUGAUAAACCGGUUGAGUCUCUUGCACAAUCCAGUUUUAUUCUAGAGGAGAGUCGGCGCAGGUUUGAGAAAGAAACAAAGGAAAUGCGUGAUGACAAAUUUAAGAUUUAUAAGCAUUACAUUCCAAAUUCAAGGGAAAAGGAGAAUUAUGAGAAUACAAAUUCUGAGGAUGGUGAUGAUGGAUCCGUUGAAAUGGAAAUAAGUGAUGAUGGAUCUGAUGACACGAUAGCAGGAGAUGAUUAGAUAAUAUUUUUUUGAAUUAAUAUUACCUCAACGUGGAAGCAAAGAUUUUAAAUAAAUAAAAAAAGAUAAACCUUGAAGCGUUUAAAGAUGAUUUAGUGCUUGUCUUUCCAUAAAAGAGGAUUUAAGAAACAAUGAAAUAUUGCAUGUACUGAAUGAAAUAUGAACUUCUCUCUUUUUAUUUUUGCCUUUCUUUAUACAUGGUAAAUAAUUGCAUUUAUAGGAUGGCUAUUAGAAUUAAUCAUUUAAAGCGA